CGUAGGGUGAUGCAGUUUGCAGACCUCUUGCCAACAGCCAACAGGUAGACGGGUGGAAGUUGCCCUCAGCUAGGAUUUACAAAUAGUCUUUUUUCCAUUUCAAUUCUGUUUCGUCUUUAAUCCCCAUUCGGUUCAACACUAAGUUUUCUUCUUCGAAAAGCAUUUAGAGUAUGCGAACCGCUUGAAGGUGCAGAUAUAUAAGCAUUCGCAUCCUAUCCCGUCCUUUAGCAACAUCCGUCCACACCCGCGUCAUCGUCGUCAUUGUUAUUCCUACCAUCGCCGUCGCGAUCGCAAUCUCGAUAUAAAAUCUGAAUUGUCUAGGGGUCAAUUAGAUGUGCACAUCAAGGCGGGGAUAAUUGGUGCUAUAUGAGGCACCUUUUGCCUUUGCGCAUUGCUGAGUCAGGCUUCACCCAAUUCCUUCGACCGUCGUUAAGAUCUUCUCGAAUUACGCCGUCACUUCCGCGCUCAUCACGGUGCGCGUACAAGCCUUUUCUACAACAUAGACUCACCUUUCGUCCUACACGCCAAUUCACUGUACAGUCAGAGUCACGCAGUGGCCAGCAUCAGCAAGGGACUUCAGCAACCACAGCAGCCAAAGCAGAUAUGAAUGGGACAAGUCAAUCCUCGCGCACUAAGCGCAAAGCUUCCUUUUCGCCUCACGACCAUGAUCGUCCACAAAAACACAUCCGACCCAUUAAUGGCAAGAUGUCCCCGAGCGAAAAUACACCCGAUACCGAAUUACCUAGUUUCAUGGAAGACGAUAUGGUCGCCGACGAAGAUAUCUCCAUCCUCUAUCCACAGCCUACCACCGACACGACUGAAUGGCAAGCUACCAUAGAGAAGGUGGUGAAGAAUGUUGUUUCCAUUCGAUUCUGCCAAACUUGUUCCUUCGAUACCGACGUAGCUUGCGCUAGCGAGGCGACGGGGUUUGUUGUCGACGCUGAGAAAGGAUACAUCUUGACGAACAGACAUGUCGUCGGCGCUGGUCCUUUCUGGGGAUAUGUUGUUUUUGACAACCAUGAAGAAGUUGACGCGUACCCUGUAUACCGAGAUCCUGUCCACGAUUUCGGCAUUCUGCGAUUCGAUCCUAAGGCGAUUAAGUAUAUGCCUGUCUCCGCUCUACCCAUCCGCCCAGACUUAGCAAAAGUGGGAGUUGAAAUCCGAGUUGUCGGAAAUGAUGCUGGCGAAAAGCUCAGUAUUCUAUCUGGCGUUAUUAGCCGACUUGACCGUAAUGCGCCCGAAUAUGGCGAAGGCUAUAGUGAUUUCAAUACCAAUUAUUAUCAGGCGAAUGCUGCUGCUAGCGGGGGUAGUUCUGGUAGUCCCGUCGUUAAUAUCGACGGCUUUGCUAUAGCUCUCCAAGCUGGCGGGAGAUCUGAUGGCGCAUCCACGGACUAUUUCUUACCUCUCGACCGCCCGUUGCGAGCCCUUCGCUGCAUACAAGAGGGCAAAUCAAUCGAACGAGGCACAAUUCAGUGCCAGUUUAUCAUGAAACCCUUUGACGAGUGUCGUCGUCUCGGCCUCACGGCAAGCUGGGAGAAGGCAGUUCGAGAGACAUUCCCUAAGGAAACUAAUAUGCUCGUUGCCGAGAUUAUUCUUCCCCAGGGGCCAUCUCACAACAAGAUUGAAGAGGGAGACGUACUUCUGAAAGUGAAUGGCGAGAUGAUCACCCAGUUCAUUCGACUUGACGAUAUACUGGACUCGAACGUUGGCAAGACGAUUCAAGUGACUCUUCAACGAGGAGGUAAAGACGUCGAUAUUGAUAUCGAAGUUGGCGACCUCCAUAGUAUUACCCCGGACCGGUUCGUAACGGUGUCUGGAGCUAGUGUACACAACCUAUCUUACCAACAAGCACGCCUAUAUGGAGUAGCUAUUCAUGGUGGUGGCGUUUUUGUGUGCGAAUCAACUGGCUCUUUCCGUUUCGAUAGUGCGGACAGCGGGUGGAUGAUCCAGAGUGUCGAUCAGAAGAAGACUCCCGAUUUGGAGACCUUCAUUGAUGUUGUUAAGCAGAUCCCGGAUAAGAAACGUGUGGUUGUCACCUAUAAGCAUCUUCGCGAUCUUCACACUCUGAACACCACCAUCAUUAAUGUCGACCGACACUGGUCUGCAAAGAUGCGACUGGCAGUACGGAAUGAUGUGACUGGGUUGUGGGACUUCGAGGACAUCGCCGAUGCCCUACCUCGUCAACCUCCAGUGCGUGUAAAGUGUUCCUUCAUCCAGCUAGAGCACACGUCUCACCCUGCUGUUGCCGAUUUAGUCCGCAGCUUUGUGCGCGUAGGCUGCACUAUGCCUUUGAAGCUAGAUGGAUUUCCUAGAAAUCGGAAAUGGGGAAUGGGCUUAGUGAUCGAUGCCGAAAAGGGCCUCGUAAUCAUCUCGAGAGCUGUCGUCCCUUACGAUUUGUGCGAUAUAUGGAUUACAAUUGCCGAUUCGAUCGUUGUCGAAGGCAAGGUUGUCUUCAUGCACCCACUCCAGAAUUAUGCAAUCAUCAAGUACGACCCGGCGUUUGUCGAUGCACCAGUCUUGAGCGCUAGGCUUAGCAAGGAUAGUAUCGCGCAGGGGGCUUCCACUACGUUUAUUGGAUAUAAUAGGAGUGGCCGAAUCGUACAUGCUGCUACUACAGUGACCGAGAUGACCACAGUUGCCAUUCCUGCUAAUUCCAGCGCACCAAGAUAUCGGGCUACCAACAUCGACGCUAUAACUGUUGACACAAACCUUAGUGGGCAAUGUGGCAGUGGGGUUCUCGUCGAUAAGGAUGGCACUGUGCAGGCUUUAUGGCUCACCUACCUCGGCGAGAGGUCCUCUGGCUCCAGAGAUGAAGAGUAUCAUCUCGGCCUCGCUACGCCGACUUUAUUGCCCGUCUUAUCGCAGAUCCAGGAGGGCCGCGAUCCGAAAUUGCGGAUGCUGCCGAUGGAAUUCCGGCCUAUCGCCAUGUCUCAGGCCAGAGUUAUGGGCAUCUCGGAUGACUGGAUAGAGAAGGUAACCCUAGCCAACAAGCAUAACCACCAACUGUUCAUGGUUUCCAAAUGCACAUUCGAACGCGACAAUCGACCCGUUGUCUUACUAGAGGGCGAUGUUAUUUUGACAUUGAACGACAAAAUCAUCACGCGUGUGUCAGAGCUCGACGUGAUGUACUCGCAUGAAGUUCUCGACGCAGUGAUUGUGCGAGAAAGCAAGGAGAUGCGCCUCCAGGUCCCGACAUCCCCUGCGGAUGAUGUAGAGACCAACCAUGCCAUAUCAUUCUGUGGAGCUGUGCUUCAUGUUCCUCACCUUGCGGUUAGGCAGCAGAUUAGCAAGCUACCGAGUGAGGUAUAUGUUUCUGCUCGGAGCAGAGGUUCGCCAGCUAAGCAUUAUGGGCUUGCACCGACCAACUUUAUCACCCACGUCAACGGCGUAUCAACUCCGGAUCUAAAGACCUUCUUAGAACACGUAGUCAAGGUCCCAGACAAUACUUAUUUCCGAUUGAAGGCUAUGACGUUCGACAACCAACCAUGGGUCAUCACGAUGAAGAAGAACGAACACUAUUUCCCAACGGUAGAGUGGAUCAAGGACGGCUCGGAGCCAUGCGGCUGGCGACGGGUCACGUACGAGAGCGGUAAGCCUGUCGAGGGCGAGCCAACAGAAGGGAUUCUACCUCUGCAAGAUGGAGAAGAUGUCGAGGCCAUUGAUGACGAUGGUGGCAUUUAGGGGGCAUUCUUCUCGCGCGCAAAUGUUUGAAUCGACGUGCUGGCGUGACACAGCAUAGGAUCAGCCGUACUUUGUCAUAGAGCUCUUGUAAAUAGACUAAUGAAGUAAAUACUAACGGGUAGGCUAAGAAGGGGGCUACUUGAAUAACUUGGCUAUAAGGCCUUUAUUCUUGCACUUUUUCCGGUUCCAACUAAUAGUGAUCUAAGUUCGAGUUGGCAAUGUGCUUAGUUGUCCUCCCACCUCUCCUACUUAACGUAUAAUAUUCAUUGAUGCUGUGGAUAUUAUGACAGAUUCACAAAUUUUAGUCUGGGAUGUCUCUUA